AAAGUAUUUUUCAAAAUCUUACACACACAGUCACACUUUCUUCACCACCAAUAUUUUCGGCGCCGAAUCUGCACUAUAAGAUCCGGUAACUGAUUAUCCCGAAAAAAAUGGCCGAUAAUACCGCCGCUGAUCAUGAAAAAGAACACGAGCAAUCAUUUGUUGAAUCUAUGAAAGAAAAAAUCACUGAAACUUUUCACGAUGGAGAUUCGGCGUCAUCAGAUUCCGAUCAUGACGGAAAGGAUAGCUCGCCGGUUGAAGAUGUUAAGAAUAAGAUCUACCGGUUGUUUGGAAGAGAGAAGCCUGUUCACAAGCUCUUAGGUGGCGGUAAACCUGCUGAUAUAUUUUUGUGGAAGGACAAGAAGGUUUCUGCUGGUGUUCUUGGAUUUGCCACUUUGAUAUGGGUCCUUUUUGAGUUGGUUGAGUAUCACUUGCUGACACUAGUGUGCCAUACUUUGAUAUUGGCUCUUGCAGUCCUAUUCUUGUGGUCGAAUGCCUCCAGCUUCAUUAACAAGUCUCCUCCUAAAUUCCCAGAUGUUGCCCUCCCCGAAGAUGUUGUUCUUGGUGUUGCCAAUGCCCUCAGGAUUGAAAUCAACCAAGCUUUAGUGAUCCUCAAAAGCAUUGCCUCAGGGAAAGACUUGAAAAAAUUUCUUGCUGUGGUUGCUGGUUUGUGGGUUGUUUCAAUUCUCGGCAGCUGCUGGAACUUCUUAACCUUGUUUUACACACUCUUUGUUCUGCUCCACACGGUGCCUUACCUUUAUGAUAGAUAUGAAGACAAGGUUGAUGCAUUUUGCGAGAAAGCAGAGGCUGAGAUCAAGAAGCAGUAUGGUGUAUUCAGUGUCAAGGUUUUGAGCAAGGUACCCGUAGGGUCAUUGAAGUCCAAGUUUGCGUAAAUGAUGAUCAAGCAGCGCUACUAGUCUCAGGUGACUAGAUGGGUCUUUCUACUUGUUUGUUGUGGUAUUGUUAAACUAGGAACCAUCUUAUUCAUUGAUUCCCUUAUACAUUUGGGUGAAUCCAUGAUAAAUUAAACAAUUUCAGUAAUCAUGUAAUGGAGUUUUUAGACGUUUAAAGUUCCCUUUACACCGCAACUGUGGGCAGAAGCCAAUGUAUGGUUCUUGCUUUGCCCAGUUGUUUAGUUUUGAAAAGCCUAUGAAUGGAAAGGGAUAUAAUUUUGUAUUCUUUUACUGGUCCGGCACUCUAGCUUAAUUCAGUUUAAUUUUCUA